GGGGCGGCCACGAUGCUGCGGGCGCCGGCGCUGGCGAUGCGGCUCGCCAUCCUUUUGCCAUUGCUCGUCGGCCCCGGCUGGCCAGCGCGGGGCAAGGCGCAGCUGGGGGAAUCUCCCAGCCCGCAGGAGGUGAUGAUCAAGGUCCAGGUAUAUGAGAACAGUGACUUAUCCCCACUGCCUCAGACAGCUGUGGAAGUGUAUGGCAACCAAACAUCUCUGGCUUCAGGCACCACUGAUCAUGAGGGUGUUAGCAUGCUCCCUAUCAGCUAUCGCCUCGGCACCUGGAUUCUUGUCACAGCCUCCAAGCGUGGCUUUGUUACAAACUCUGUUCCUUGGCGUGUCACCAAACUGCCACUCUAUGCCUCUGUCAGCCUCUAUCUGCUUCCAGAGCGUCCUGCGACACUAAUCCUUUAUGAUGAUCUAGUACAGAUUCUUCUUGGUUCACCAGGAGCAAAGAGCCAACCAUGGGCACAGUUCCAACGCAAAUCUGCCCGCCUGCCCCGCAGCUCCACCUACAGCCAACUCUCAGCCUCUCUGACUGCUGCCAGUAGUGGGCCAGACAUGAGAGGUUUCCCGUCCUUCAUUGGAGCUGAAAGCAAUAGCAAUGCCAGUAACACAUGGCUGGAACUGGUGCCUAUUGUUGCAGUCAGCAUUCACCUCUUCACUGGUAAUGGGACAGAAGUUCAGCUCUCAGGCUCUGUCCACCUUUCUAUCCCAUUGCCACCUGACACUGUCGCUGCAUCAGCCACCAGUGUACCAGCCUGGCGCUUUGACAUCAAGAGUGGUCUAUGGAUCCGGAAUGGGACUGGACUCAUCCGCAAGGAAGGGAACCAGCUUUACUGGACAUUUGUCUCUCCACAGCUGGGCUACUGGGUAGCUGCUGUGCUGUCUCCGACAACCGGAUUGACAAGUGCAGCAGCCGGCAUAAAAGAUAUUGCCACCUACCACACCAUCUUCCUGCUUACCAUCCUGGGUGCUCUGGCAUUGCUGGUCCUCAUUCUGCUUUGCUUGCUUAUCUAUUAUUGCAGGAGACUAUGUCUGAAGCCACGUCAGCACCACAGGAAGCUUCAAUUCUCUGGAGCACUAGAUGCUUCCAAAAAAGACCAGGCCACAUCAAUGUCUCAGAUCAAUCUGAUUUGUACAAGUCACAUGGAGACUGCCUCAUCCAGUGGGGACACAGAUGUGCACACACCUAUCCUCAAGUCAGCCUUCUCCUCAUCUCGGGAGUUUGAGAGCUCUCGUGAAGAAUUCUUCAAGCAAGUGUCAACCCAGAAGGUGCGGCAUGCUAGCAAGGCCUCCACAGCAGACACACUAAGCCAGAGAGGUAGCCAUCUCAAGGACGAUUACCCUCGGAUGGUGGAGGGCUACUCACACAAGACAGCCCACUCCACAGAUGUCCCUGGCACACUUGAGCCUCCUUCCCUGGAAGACUACAAGCGCGGUUAUUCGCAUCAGCGCACAGAGGACAAGAGCAGUGAGACACAACGGAAGCAAGCUCGCAAUGACAGCAAGGCCUACCUGCAGGAGCCCCCAUCACCACCUCCUCUACCUCCUCCUUUUGACCACUAUACAGGGCACAAAGGGGACUCCAAACCCCCUGACUUCAUGAUGUCACAGUCCGUAGACCAUCUUGCCCGUCCCACUUCACUGAGCCAACCUGGGCAGCUAAUCUUCUGUGGUUCCAUUGACCACAUGAAGGAUACCAUGUACCGGAAUGUCAUGCCAACACUUGUCAUUCCAGCCCACUACAUGCGUCUGGCACCAUCAGAGCAGCCUACAGCAGGCUCUGAGAACAAAUCAGAUGUGGAUCCAGUUGGCAUGGGACUUCCUCACCAGUUCGGGCCACAGGAGCAGCAACAGAGGCAGCAGCAGCUCCUUCAACAGCAGCUGCAACAUCCACAGUUUCAGCUCCAGCAACAUGAAGUAGAAGACAGUGAUGUGAAGGGUUGGGGUCCCCACACACAGUCUGUCAGUGGUUCAGUCACCAUCCCAGUGCUGUUGAAUGAAUCCACCAUGGCCCAGUUGAAUGGGGAACUGCAGGCGCUGACUGAGAAGAAGCUUUUGGAGCUCGGUGUGAAACCGCAUCCACGCGCUUGGUUUGUGUCACUUGAUGGUCGCUCCUCACAAGUGCGCCAUUCUUACAUUGAUCUCCAGGGGAAUGAGAGAAGCCGAAGCAACGAUGCCAGUCUGGACUCAGGUGUGGAUGUCAAUGAAGCCAAACCAGCCAAGUGCUUGAAGGAGGAACGCCUGGCCCCUCCUGUGGGCCCCACUUACUCCAAGCUAGUUUUUCCUGAUACUGACAUGGAGCAAAGCAGCAGUGAGAGCCGCACUGCCAUUUGCUCACCCGAGGACAACUCACUGACACCCCUUUUGGAUGAGAAUACUGAACAUCGUGCUGCUACUAUUCCCCGCCAUGGGCGCAGCCGUGGCAAUAGCUCCCGCAGCAGUAACAGCAACAGCGAACUGCGCCGUGACUCAAUGACCAGCCCAGAGGAUGAUAGUAAUGAACCCUCUGAGGGGACUGAUGACCAGGGCGACAAGAAGAGCCCCUGGCAGAAACGUGAGGAGCGACCCCUCAUGGUGUUCAAUGUGAAGUAGCAAGCAGAAUGAAGUCUCGCCCUCAUUGCACAGUGGGGGGAGAGGAACAGGGAGUAGAGGCCACCAGAACCCUGGAGAUCAAUAUUAGCAUGCAAGUCUGGUGCAGCUUCCUCUCCUCUUCAGCUAGUCAAGUCCGUGGAGGAACAGGAACCCCAGACUUUUGACAGCAGAGCUGCACAGAACAAGUUGCAGAGUGUGCCCAAGCUGUGUUCUGUUUCUUUCCCAGCAUGCUCUUUGAUCAUUCAAGAUGCUUGACAUGCUCAAGGCAGGUUAAGAAAUACCACAACAACCACCUAAGAAAGUUUGCCCUCUAUCCCUUUCUACCAACACCAACCACUGUGAGCCGGGCAAAGUGGGGACAGGAAUUACUGAGGGUAUGAAGAUGGCCAAGGAAGUUUCACUGCUCUGUGACUCUUAAGCAGUCAUCAGAAGGGCAAGGCUUCUCCUGUGUGGUUCCUGUUCCUGUUCCAAGUACCUUUUGUUCCCCACCCAGCUUGGCAUAACCAGAACUAGCACUGGCCCCGUGUCCUGAUACAGUAGGAGUAGAGGUGAAAUGGAAGGCAAACUGGGUCUCUCCAUUCUCCUUGCCCUUGGAGGUUUUGUACAGUCUCUCUUUUUUAGUUCAAUUAUGUGGAUUUUCCAAGCUGUCAUGUGGUUUGGGGUGGGGAGAGCAAGUGCCCGAGGGGUAGGCCAGUGCCCAAGGGGGUGGGCCAGUGCCCAGCUCUGCCUGUUGUGCCUCAAUACCUGAACAGCCUGGGUUACAGUACAGAACCUAGGCAGGUGGGGUGGCUUUGGGGAGUUGGGCCACUAGUGUGGUUAAUGUACAUAUGUGUGUGCAUGCGUGUAUGGUCGAGUGGGUGGAAGUCUGAGCCAUGGUGAAUAUGUGUAGGUAGGCGUGUCAGUUGUCUGACCUCGCUGCCAAAUGAACUCCUAAGCGGAGUCAUCUCUGUGUCCCUCUCUUCCUGUGUGCCUGCAACUCCUCUGUCUCCUUCCAAGUGCCUUCCGGCCCCAGUGUCUCCCCUUCCCCAUCCAGGCAGCUGUGAAUGACAUUUUGGGUGUCUGUAAAAGGGUACAGACAUACCAUCUGCUCAGAGCUGCUAAGAUUUUUUUCUGUUUAAUCCCUUUCUCCUGCAGGGAGUGCUGGAGUGGGGGCAGUGAUGAAGGAAAAGUCAGCUGGCAUCACAUCACUGCUUGUAAGCUCAGCUCCCACCUCUCUAAGCCAUCUACAGAUAGUCUGAGGAGCUGCCCUAUCCACCAAGCUUAUACUGGUGAGCAGUCUCCUAGAUAAAGACAAGCAGGCCACUACCAUGUCUGAUGGGAUUUUAUAUCCUUACCGGAGGGGAUUGUAUGUAUCACACCUUAUGCUUUGGAGGACAGGAAUACGUAGCAAGGCAUCUGUGCAGGUCCCAUAGGCCAUUGGGGGCACAUGGUUUUAUCUGCAAAAGGGAAGGAGAUACCACUAGUCAGUCUGACACUAAUACUUUUGUUAGCCAAACAGGAAGAUGGGGUCUGAUAGUUUUCUGAAAACAUAAAAACUAAACUGGGGGUGGUAGAGGGGAGAGACUUUUUCCUUAUGGUGGGUUGGGCUGUUUUUGUUUGUUUUUAAAUCAAUCUCUUGGGCCCAAAACUUACUGUAACAGACUGUUAAUAAGUCAAAAAUAAUUUUGGAGAAUGAGGCAAGGUUUUAUUACUUGCUUCUGCACCUAUUGAAGACAGUAAAUAAACUUUUACAAUGGGGGUGGGGAACUCUUUUUUUCUCGAGGGCAUGCCACUGAUGCACAACCCCAGAGCCAAAAAUUAGCAGGCCCACACCUGUCCCGCCCCCAUUCCGGUCUCUACGCAGCAAAUGGGGAGGAAAAAUCGUUAUUGCUAGAGGUCUGAACUGAAGAGAGUCUCCCCACAUUUCUUCAGUCACUCUUUGCUCAGUCCCUUUACUCUUUCCUCGCAUUCUGUUUCUGCUGCCUACAUCCUGUGAAAAUAACCUAAAAAUGGCAGGUUGUGCACCCUUGCUUUUCUUCAAACACUAAUUUCCUGAAGGGACACUCCCGCCCCCAGACAUUUCACAUCCUGCACUAGAGUGCAUGCUUUCACUUUAAUUCUCUGGAUUCAGAUAUAUUUGGGAGUUGGGGACAGACUACGGCUAUUUCAUGGUGAGAGACGUGCAUUUCACAUAUGCUCAGAAAGAUAGUUCUUUGUUCACCUGAUUCAGGGGUGAGCCUUCACAAUGAAAAUAGAUUCUGGCUCAAAUGAAACCCUUCUUCCAUCCUGGCUGGUAGCCCCCAUCCCCAUUUUGAAUAUUGCUCUAGGCAAUUUUUCUUUAAUUUACUUUUCUGAGUAAACUUCAUUUUUGCCUUCUUCCACAGCUCUUGAAUCAUUGUUAUGUUUUGAUUAGGGUUCUAUCUUCUCCCACAUUUGCCAAUGAACAGCAUUAGAUAUAAGCAUUACUUGCAGAACUUCCUGCUGCUUGAUGUGACAGAUGCCAAGAUCUCCAAGGCUCUCUGGAGAGGGGACAGCAGCCAUCAAGUUGCACAGGAUGCAAGUUCCUGCAGGGAAAUUUGUGACAACCCCUUGUAUGGGUUGUUCCUCUCUUACGUAUUUCCUUCUCAACUGUUCAUGUGGAAAUUGUUUAGGAAUUCACACUAGGUCUUUAGCAAUGGGAGAUGGAGUUACAUGGGCUAACUGAUCAAUCUCCAAGGCAACUGUCUGCAUCCACACCCAGCUAAUGUCUAACAGUAUCUGUUAUCUAAUGAAGGAGUGUCCUACACAUCAGUCCAGCAGGAUGAUACAAGUCCUGACAGGGCUGAUUGGGGUGGCUGAUACAUAAAGAGAAUGCAGCGAGCUUUAACAGACUUUCCUUGCCCCCUUCUGGAUUUGUUCUGAAAAGAAAAAGAAAGUGGGGACAGUGGGGGAGUCUUUACAAACAAGACCCCAGAAUACCUCUUCUUCCUUCCCCAACAAGUGCACAAUGCUCUUUUCUACUUUUUAUAGCUGGGAGAAAAAAAACCUUGCACAAAAAAAGAAGUGUAAUCUGAGAAUGGAUGCAUUUUAAGUGUGUGGAAUGCUUUUGCUUUCUUCAACAACCAAAGGUUGGACAAACUUGGCAAAACUGGAGUCUCAGUGGCUAUUGUGGGUGAAACCUACUUGUCCUUUAGAAUUAUAUUAAUAUAUAAACCCUA